GCGCACGCUACGAGCCGCUACGUACGACGUAGCCUCUUAUGCCCCAAGCACACUACGCGCAAGUGUCUUUACCUGUGACUGUGAACGUUAAUGAACCAACUACCUUAGUGAGCGGUGUUUGUGCCACUUUUGGAACGAAAAAGUGCUUACGUUGUGACGGCGUUCAAGAAAAGAGAAAAGAAGUGAAGUAAUUACCAAGGAUCUCCGACACCAUUUUAUUUUUGAAUUGCUCCAACGCGAGCACUCGAGGAAGAGCGGUAGUAACAGAGUGGAAUACAACGUAAUAAGGAAUAGUUUUUGACAUUCGAGUUCGUGGCCACCAUGCGGGGAGGGUCGGGAGGAUAGCAUGAUAGCCCCUGCCACGGCGGCCUGAUGGCGCUUGUCCGCCGGAUACUAGGCGACGCCCAGGCGAAACUACGCAAGAUGGUCGACGAGCAAGUGUCAGUCGGCACAAGGGUGGAGGUAGAUGCGGAGCCUGAACCGGCUGACCCCCUCAUCACACCCGCGUGCUCCGCGCUCGACAGGAGCGAUGAUCCGCGACCCAUCCCUCCCGAGCGCCGCCUUCUCAUCAGCACCCUCGACAAACCUCGCAACGGAUCGCUGAAUGGGGAUAAAGAGGGCACGUUGAAUAGAUCGACGAGGCUCUCCAUUAAGAACGGCAAAGAUAAUCCUUUUAUCGUGUCUUCACCAGAUGACGAUAACAAAGAGAACCAAGCUAACGGCAAAAUCGAUUCACCAUUAAAAUGGUCAGUGCAAAAUGGUAGUGACAGUGGGACGUACGCAGAAAUAGGAACCGGUGGCAACAGCAACACCAGUGAUAGGAAUGUACUGGAUCCUGCUGACAGUUCAGAGGAAGAGGUUCCUUUACCCGACGCUACUUCACCAGGCAGGAGUAGUGAUGGUCCUGAACCUAGAGCUGAUAUUACUGCAACUCUUGAUGGAGGAUCGGGUUCUCCUGGCGGGCGAUCGGACCGGUCGAGGCAGGAAGAGGUUCCCGCCUCCCCAGGGAUGCUCAGUGCUGCGCAGCUGGCUCGUCGGUUGCGCAUGGAGAACGAGCGACUACAGGCGGAGUUAACUCGUGUAAGGCGACUACUGGUGGCGGCCGCGGAGAGGGGGGAGGCGGGGAGCACGUUGAUGGAACGGGCCCAAGGGGACACUCAAGAUGGACCGCCUCUCGACCCUCAGCAGUUAGAAAAGGAGCUGCUGCUGGCCAGAGAAGCUGUUAACUCUCUGAAAGCCGACAAGAAGAGGCUUAAAGCCGAGAGAUUUGAUUUGCUGAAUCAGAUGAAGCAGCUGUACGCCACUCUGGAGGACAAAGAAAAAGAACUCAGGGACUUCAUUAGAAAUUAUGAACAGAUGCGAUCUCGGAGCGGCGCAUCGUCGGCACUGGGUGCUGAACGUGCAGAAAGGGAGCGUGAACGAGCAGCACUGUUGCGUCACGCUCGCGACGAAGCCGAACGCUCGCUGCAGCUUGCGGCGGCACUCAGCGCACGGGAUACACAGUUGCGGCAUGCAAGAGAACAGCUGUUCGAGGCGCGAAGACAGUUGCAAGCUGCAGGGUGUCUCUCGGAAGGCGAGAGUGUGGCUUCGCUGGGCAUCGGACCUCCGAUGAUGCUGGGCGGCCCCUCGGGUCUGAUGGGCGACAGAGGUAGCUGUAGUGCCGACUCUGGUGUUAGAGUGACAGGUAGCAGCGACGGUGGCGCCACUUCGGUUUGUGGAGGGAACCUGUCGGACUCCACAGCAGAAGGCGCGCCUCUUACCCUCGAUCCAUAUGAUACUGACGCAGCCUCACUCGUGUCUUCCGCGCACCCUAUAUAUCAGCUAAGCACGCCGCGCGACUGCAGCCCGACGUUGUCCCCACACAACAGCGCCUCUUCGUUCACCCGGUCUAUUGAUGCAGCUUCGCUCUCCAGGUCAGUAGAGCAGUUGUCCAGUCCGGGAGAGUGUGACUCGGGACUCGUUGGCAUGAGGUCACGAGUCGGCGGUUCUAAGGCCGGCCGAGGAAGAGGUUCCGCUUGGGGAUCAAUCUCCAGAGUGUUCGCCCGAAGUCGGCACCGCACCAAGUCAGGAAGUGCGGUCAGCAGUGGCCAUGAGAGUGAACCGGUAUACGCCGGUACAGGCAGCACUUGCCGUGCGUGGUCUCCUCUCGGCAGCGAAGCGGCUCUGCGCGAGGCCGCAUCUCUGCCAGUGUCUAGAUGGCGUGCACCCGCUAUCAUAGCUUGGCUGGAGCUCGCUCUUGGAAUGCCGCAAUAUGCAGCUGCGGUCGCCGACAACGUGAAGAGUGGCAAGAUCCGUGCUUUGAAUGGGCAGGUUCUGCUCGAGCUCACAGACACGGACCUCGAGGUUGGCCUGGGGAUCGGCCAGCCGAUGCACAGGAAGAAACUGCGGCUGGCGAUAGAGGAGCGGCGGCGGCCAGAUCUGGUGAGGAACCCGAGCAUUGGACAGCUGACUCACGCCUGGGUAGCGGCCGAGUGGUUACCUGACUUGGGACUUUCACAGUACGCCGAAUCAUUCGUGACCAAUCUCGUGGACGCCCGCAUGCUUGAUACAAUUAGCAAGAAGGAACUAGAGAAGUAUCUUGGCGUCACCAGGAAAUUCCACCAAGCCUCGAUUGUCCACGGCAUCCAUCUGCUAAGGAUAAUGAAGUACGAUAGACAAGCCUUAGCAGUGAGGCGGCAUCAGUGUGAAAAUGUAGACGCAGAUCCACUUGUAUGGACAAAUCAAAGGUUUAUGCGUUGGGCGCAUAAUAUAGAUUUAGGCGAAUUCGCUGAUAAUCUUAAAGAUAGUGGUGUACAUGGUGGUUUGGUUGUAUUAGAACCAUCUUUCACGGGUGAGACUAUGGCUACCGCUCUUGGUAUACCACCAUCAAAGAGCAUAAUACGAAGACAUUUGGUAGCCGAGUUUGAUGCGCUAAUUGUUCCCGCAAGGAAUAUGUUCGGUCAUCAAAUAAGGAUGUUGGGACGACCGUUUUCAAGAUCAGUGGCCACGGGUUUGCCUGGAAUUGACUUCAGCGCUGAUUCUAGAAGACACAGUUUAAGGGGUUCAAUAACCCGUGCGCUGGGAGCUCUAAAACCCAAACAUGACCGGCCAUCCCCAUCUAGUUCAAGCGAGAGUUCGAGUGUUAUGAGUUUGACGCAGCCAUACAUGUCCUAUUCACCGCCUAUUGCUGUGCGUACUCUUUCACAACUGAGCAUGACGUACGCUCCACCACCCACACUACAAGAAUACGAACCGAUAUACACGCCUCUAAGCUUGUAUUCACAAUCAAGUGUAUCAACGAGGGAUAGUAUGACACGACUCAAUGAUAUAAAAGAAAUAAGCAUUACUCACAGAUAUGGACAUAGAGCGGAGCAAGCGCACAGAGUAAGCUCCCCAUUGCCCAAGUCAGAUGACAGUAUCGUGAAACAGAAAAGACAUCGUAGAGUAAAAAGUAUCGGCGACAUUAACGCGUCAAGCAAAACAUCCGUUUAGUUAAUUAUGAUUAUAUUAUUACUGAUAAACGUGGAAUUUAUCUUACAAAACUGUCAAUGUCAUGAACAAACUAUUAUUGAUGCAUUUUGAUAAUAAAAUUAAUUGUUAGAGUAGAAACAGUGAAAAAAUCAUCAAGUGUUAAAUGAAUUCUGUUCCUUUAAUGUGUAGUUAGAAUCCAGAGCACAUACGCUCUUCAUAUAUCGCAUUCUUAAGUUAGCACUAUAAUUUAUAUCUAGUAACAAGUUUACAAAUAAAAUGAAACAACCCUGUGAUGUUGUGAAAUUAAAAAUAAUAUCGUAGUUUUCCAAUUAUUAGUAAUAUUUAAAGUAAAAAAAUAUUAAAGUAUCUGAAACUUGCAACAAAUUAGUAAAAUUUCUAUAGACAUCUACAUAUCCGUGGAAAUUCUCACCACAACUCUGCGGCAACUAAUAUUUGUUAUCCUCUUUGUGAAACGCGUUAGGCAAACUGAUGGUAUUUUUCGAACUUUUAAAAUAUUUUAUAUCUUCUUUUUUUGAUCUUUUUAAAACAAUGAAUGUAUAAUUUACUAAUCAAUAUGUUCCUAUUACUAUGAUCCUGAAAGUACAUUUCUUAAAUUAAUAAGCAUUACGCAUAUCACACUUUCGAAGGAAGCUGCCGUACAGACUGAUUACUAUAUCAUAAUUAUUAAUUUCUGUCUUAUGAUAUUCAGUAUAUGAGGUCUAGUUUAUUUGUUAAAUACGUACUCGUAUCUUAAAUUACAUAAUCUAUUCAUAAUUUCUUACUCCUUCUCUAUGUUCAUAGAGUCUAUCCACAUUUAACGGUCUAAAUUUACAGUCAUUUUUACGACAUUGUUUGAGGUACCUAAAAUUUUGCAUUGUAAUUACAUUGAGCUCAGUGCUGCGACCAAAAAUGGACUACUGGUUUAAAAAUCUAAACGGUAUUUAAUCUGUUAGAUUGCAUGGAAAAUUUAAGAAUGUAUUCGGCCUUUAUAUUAUGUAUAUAUUAUACUUCUGCACCGUAAAAAUCGCUUAUCAAUCCCGAAAGUCGAUUAUCAAAUGUGGAAAGACUCUGCUGCUGUAUAAUUGCCGUUUCCUGUGAUAAUAAAACAAUCACAAUACAAACUAAGGCGUCUGGUUUUGAUAUUAAAUAAAAAAUAUUAUUAUUAGUCAAUUUGUAUGAAAUUAUAUAAUUUAAUCUACUAUUGCAA